UGCUGCCGGACCCCCCAGGGCAGGCGGAGCGAGCUCUGGAAGCCAGCGCCCCGCACGCCAGCGUUUCUCUGAUCAAAUCGUCUCUCUCCUCCUUGCUGGGCAUGAGGAAGGUGCCGAUCGACACGGCCGAGUGGGAUGGGUAUUUUGACGAGAGCGGCCACCUUGUGAAAUCUUGGGAUUUUAUUUCAGCCAACAUCCUGGACAGGGGUCUGGACCUCGCAGUGAGGCCAGAGGCAUGGAAGUUCCUCACGGGCUACUACUCCUGGCGGAGCUCGCAGGACGAGAGGCUGACGACGGAGAGUAUGAGGAGGAAGAGUUACGAGGCCUUGUGCAACAUGUACGACAAGAUCCAGCCGCUGCUGGAGACGGAGCACCGGGGCUUCCCGCAGGUCUGCAGCUUCAUCAGCUCUGACCUGCAGAGGCUGCACAUCCGAGAUGCACAAGGCAACUCCAUGGUGGACAAGAAGCAGCUGGAGAAGAUCCUGCUGCUAACCUACGUGUGCAACACGGAGGCUGGGUACCAGCAGGGCUUCCACGAGAUGCUGCUGCUGUUCCAACUGCUGGUGGAGAAGGAGCAUGAGGUCUACUGGAUGUUUCAGUUCUUCCUCCAGAGAACAGAGCACAGCUGUGUCGUGAGCAUUGGCGUGGGGAGAAACCUCAUCAUGCUCAAAGCCCUGAUUGCAUUUAUGGACCCCGCCUUUGCCAAGCACUUGGAAGGGAAGGGCCGAGUGGUGCAGUCGCUGUUCCCCUGGUUCUGCCUCUUCUUCCAGCGGGUCUUCAGAUCCUUUGCGGACGUGUGGCGGCUGUGGGAGGUGUUCCUGACGGGGAUGCCCUGCAGAAAUUUCCAAGUGAUCGUGGCUUACACCAUGCUGCAGGGAGUCAGAGACCAAAUCCUGCGGGAAAACAUGGGUGGAGACGACAUUCUAAUGGUCUGCGGGAGCAUCCUGGACCUGGAGGCGGAGGAGCUGAUCUCCACGGCCUGCUGCCUGUACGACCGGCUCCGGGAGGCCCGUGCUGGCAAUGGGAAGGCUCUGGUUGCUGUGUGGGCACUAGGCCAGGCCAGGAGUCUGGUGCCAGGGCUCUCCGACUCCUCCCCAGUCCUGUCUGGUUGA